CGAAGCCAUGCGCCGAGCAAGGACAUCGUCGCAUACUAGCCUGCACGAGCGCAGACGUCGACGCAAGCCACAGCAGCGAGAGGUGCUGCCACGUGCCAUGAGGUCCAGAGCGAGGCUAACCGACCUCGGUCAAGACCGAUCAACCAGACAGGCCAUCGACGCGCAACCUUCAGCUGCGCAGAACCCGCCUUGGGCUGCUGGGAACGGGCAUGGGUGUGUGGAUCACAAACGGCCGCGACGAGGCGAUCGAGGUCGCGACCGUUGGGCGUGCGUCGAUGCGCCAGCUUCGGGAUGCGGCGCAAGCCCACUUUGCACUCUCGACGGACGGGCGACCGCUUGUGCUCAUGGCAAAUGACGGCACCGAGCUCGACUUGAAGUGCGCUGUGCCCGCCGCGUACGCUAGCCACUGGGCAACGCCUUUGCAGUUGCGCCCUCUACCAGACCCAAUGAUCCCGAGCGUCAACGAGCAUGUAGAAGGCGCCGUCCAGCGAUGCGUCCUGCCCAAGACGACGAGACCGUACACGCUGCAGCUACUCAUGAGCCGCCUCCUCCGCCCGAUUGCGCACUGUUUGGUCAUACCGCGCGUGGCGAGUGAGCGAGCGCUUAUCCUACCAACGCGACGUAUGGAGACCUACGGCUCCAACGAUGAUGAGCCACGAGCGUCGAUCGCGUGACCAUCGCCACCUCGGAGCGCAGCCGCCAAAUGUAGAAGCUCAUGCUUCGAGCUAAUUCAGUUGACCCUACGCCACUCA